CCUUUUCCUCUUUUAAUUGUCUCUAAGAUGCUCACAGUCUAAGGGCACUGGGCUUCUCUUGGCCGAGCAGAGGCGAACUCGGGGCUGAACAGCCGAUCUCGUGUCAUUCUGGCGCAGUUCCUUGUACACUUCUCGCCCGUUCGUCAACAAAGUAUGUGCGCUCGCCAGCAAAGUUGUUCCUCUUCCGCGAAUCUUCCGUGAACACAGUGACUCCGCCCCGCAACCAAGUGCCCCGUGCGUCCGUAAUGCUGUGCUGAGUGGCCGAGUGUCGUGCAAAGUGAGGAACAGUGAUUGUGACACCAGUACAAAGUCCACCUUCAAUGAUUUUUUUUUCUCGCCUUUUAUCGCUGCGAGAAUAGUGCUUUGCUGAAUUAAUUGCCGCCCGACAGGGUUAAGCGCGCCAGCGAGUUCAGUGCAGAGCCUUCGAGCGCCGCCGUCCGCAAUGUCAACAGUCCAGGAGAGAUUCACGGCAGCCGUGAAUGUCAUCAGAGGACUGCCCAAGAAUGGAUCUUAUCAGCCCAGCAAUGACAUGAUGCUGAAGUUCUACUCGUACUACAAACAAGGCACUCUCGGACCUUGCACGCAGAGCAAACCCGCCUUCUGGGACGUCGUCAACAGAGCGAAAUGGCAGGCGUGGAAGGCGCUGGGUGACAUGAGCCAAGAGCGCGCGAUGGAGAAUUACGUGGAGGAGCUGAAGAAGAUCAUCGAGACGAUGUCGUACACGGACAACGUGGCUCAGUUCAUGGGCAGCAUAAGCGAACUGGACGGCGUGAAUGUGGACGAUCUGGAGGCUGUGGCGCCGGAGGCCAUCAAGAAAGUGCGCUCACAUCCAAACUCACCUUUCGCAUCACGCGAGUCCAGUCCUGUGCGGGCGCCGAUGAACGGCCUGGCUCUGCCGCCGCCGCCGCACGUGAAUGGGAACGGCUUCCUGACGAACGGACACGAUACGGCGCACCAGAACGGCCACUUGACGGAGCAGUCGGACGACGAGUACAUCGACACGGUAGAGGACGAGCCGGAGACGCUGAGCGCGCGGUCGCUCUCCAGCGUGUCCUCGCAGCACGUGUCGCGAUCGAAGGUGCGAUCGCAAGCGGGCAAGAGGCCGGGCGUGAAUGAGGAGUUCCUGGAGGUGCUGAACCUGCUCAACGCCACUGUGGACAGAAUGAGCGUGGACCUGCAGCAGGUGACGAACAGAAUCAACAUCAUGGAGAGAUCGCUGCUGGAAGUGCGCUACAUGCAGGCCUCGAGGGUAUUUCCUCCAGUCAAUGACCAGCAAAAGCAUUCACUAACGCUCUUCCCUCCGCAGAUCCGGCAGUAUCCCAGCUGGUGGCCAUUCGAGGACAUCUCGCCCAACUGGUUCUUCCUCCUCGUCCUCUGGCCGUUCGUAGCGCAGAAGUUGGCGCAGGUGAUCAACAGGCGCAAAUGAUCGCUGUGAAACCUUUACAUUGACACGACAAAGGGAAUAUGGAUAUAUUAGGAUAAUAUAUUGACAUAACACACGCAGAUUAGGAGAAUUUCUCAGAGAAUUUUUCUGUUUUUCUGCUUAUUUCGUAUGAGACCAACAAUGUGAUUUGAUGAUUUAUGUCUUAUUUCUAUUAUCUCUUGAAAUUUUUUGGUGCAAGGCUUUACCCAAUUUUACUUACAGAUGAACAGUGUGUGUAGAAAUUGUAUUUUUAUUUUUACAAAGUAACUCAAUGAUUUCCACAAUGGAGCAGAAGAACAAGAGGGAUUAAUUUGAUAUUAUUUACAGGGUUUAAUCAGUUAGAUUUUCAGCAAUGUGUAUGAAUUUAUGACAAUUCUGUGAAGUUGCAAAGGAUAUUUUCACGUAAUUUCUGUAAUUGAGAUGGAAUUUCCAAAUUUUCACAGUAAACCUGAUGUUUUUCGAACUUAAACGACUUGAGUAUGAUUGAUUUAAAGUUCUUCUCCUUUUGGUACCUCGUGUAAAAAGAAUUGUGGGCGUAUUUAAAUAAAUUGCUAUUAUGUAUUCAGAUCGGAAGUCGCUCUUAUAGUUUCAAACUCCUGAAGUUUCAAUAGUUUCUUUCUCGAAUGUA